AUGCAGUUCAAGUCCUCCAUCCUUCUCAUGGGCCUGGCCGCUGCAGGCCUCGCCUCGGCUGCCCCCGCCGUUGCCGACGCUGCCGCACCUGCAGUUGAGCGAUCCGAGCCCGUUGCUACCACCAACAACGUUCAGCGCGACACCACCGACGCCGCACCUUCGGCCGACUACGGCAUUGGCCCUCCCAUGGACCAGUGGAGUUACAAGCGUGAUGGCCAGCCCGCCGGUGACUUUGGUGUUGGCCGUGCCGACAGGUGGAGCUACAAGCGCGAUGGCCAGCCUGCUGGUGACUUUGGUGUUGGCCGCGCCGACAGGUGGAGCUACAAGCGCGAUGGCGAGCCCGCCGCUGACUACGGCAUCGGUCCCCCCGACCGUCAGUGGAGCUGGAAGCGCGAGUCGGAGAGCGCUGAGUCGCAGUAA